GGCGUGGUAAUGUAUGCGAGUCCAUUCUCCGGUCCACCGCCAAAUUCAAACAGUGAAAGAAAGAAACAGAACAACAAGCGAAGCAGAAACUCACCCCUUGUAACAAUAUCAGGUCAGCAUGACAUCUUCAGUAAUGGAUGGAGUUGGCAGAGCUGUUGUGGGAGUCUGGCGUGCACACACAGUCCUGGAUGAGUCUGAUGGGGCUGAAAGUUCCCCAGAAGCGCCUGAUCGUUUCCGCAAGCAACGCUCCUCAUCUUCGCUUAAUUCUCUACGAAUGUCUUUACGCAAGAGGCUCCCACUACGCACCGUCCAGACCAACUCUCUCCCUGAAAAUCCGACUUGGGAGCCCAUUAAAGAGCAACCACAACCAAACGCCAUGCGCAAACUCACUCGCAGUGCUCGCAAUUCAAUCAGAGGAGUGUAUCAGAAGCUGCAGAGAACAAGAGAGUUUUCACGUGAAGAGUGUUUGGUAGAAACACCAGGUCGGGAAGAUGGUCCAUCAACUUCUCGCACCCCAAGACGAACACCUGGUCGAGGUGCAACACCCAGGCGCACCCCUAGAUCAGCAGCAAAGCCCAGUCAUACCCCAGGCUCAAGAGGAAGAAGGACUCCUGAGGCUGGAGUACGAGGGGUGAGAACGGGAGGAGGCAGGAGGCAGCUGGUUCGCAUGGCUGCUUUACGGAGUCCCUUUGCUUCACCAAAUACACAGAACCAGAGAACAAAGUUUGACCAAGAUUUAGAGUCUGUGUCCAGUGGGCUCAGGAGACUCAAACAUCUGUCCAGGGCCUUUGAAAACCUCAUCGGCAGAGAUGAACGCAGGCCAUUCAACUAUUCUCUAAUGGUGGAGUAGGGACGAAGAUCCAGUACAAAGGAACGUUCUGGAGGAGCAGUGAUGAGAAAGUUGGACCCCAACGCUAAACUCUGUCCCUCAAACCUCUCACGGCGGGCCACCAAACUUUCGAACAGACUUGGAGGUUGGGCCAACACAGCUGUGAACACUAUUCGCAAACCCAACUAAACUACACAUAAAUGUGUACGUACAACAUGGGACCUUUAGUAGCCAUAUUAUCUCUGAGGUAUCACUGUUACAUUUAUACGUAGUGUUGUCAUGAUACUGGGGGGCUGUUACAUGUAAGCUUGUUUUUUUACAUCUAUACUGUGUUUAAUUAGCAACACUUAAGGUUUUUUUGUGUUUACAUGUCUCAGGUUAGCUGGUUGUGGAUUUUAUCCCUAUUUUAGCUACCAAAGGGAUUUCUGUAUUGUGGUUUAUGUACCUUUAUUAUAGCUGCUACGACCAAAUGUCUUAGUUACAUUGUCAUAAUACUAACACUUUAGUUUUAUUCUCACUCUCUGAAGAGAAACGCUUUAAGUUUCUUAUUUGUACACAAGGCCAAAAUUAUAUCAGCAGAACUAACACUAAAUUUACUGACGGAUGGGGAGAGUUGUUUCCUCCAUUUUACAUGUAUGCAAUAAUGUUACUAACAUUUCUAUAUUAUAUAUUUCAUUUGAUUAUGCCAAAUUUUUAAGUGUAUUUUCUAUGAAACAGGACUUUUUAUAUUUUCAGCUUAGGCAGGUUUGAUUGAGAUUUUUUUUCACUCCUUCUCUUGCGUCACGGGGUAAAACUGUUAAUGGUCUGUGGAUGAUUCAUGGACUGAUGCUGUGAACAUAAAUCAUUUAGUAAUGUGAUGGGAAAGACGUAAUGGGUCAUUACAUGAUGAUGAUGUUAUAAAACCACAUCCGGCAGGUUAUUAGUGUAGUGACAAACAACCUUCAAUGACGCAAAACUCUCUUCUCUACAUAAUUUGUAUUGGAAUCUUUUUCCUGUAAAGAUGAGAGAAAGCAACAGUUCCUGAAAUGUGAAAAAAAGCAAUAAACCUGUAAUGUUUAAAAAAAAAAGAUUCUUGGUUUAU